GUUUCACACGUGGAGGAGGAGCGGAGCAGUGUCACUGACAAACAUGGCUGCAUGUAGUGUGGAGGAGCUGCUGGCAAAAGCGGAGCAGGAUGAAGCGGAGAAGCUGCGGAGCAUCGCCGUCCACAAAGCGCUGGACCUGGAGUUUGACGUCGGGAAUCUGCUGGCGUGCGACAAAAACCCCGUCGAGUCGCGGAGCUUCGGGGCGCAAAAGAAGGAGGACUUCCUGCGCUCGCUCGCUCGUGACAACACGCAGCUGCUCAUCAACGAGGUCUGGAAACUGCCCACGGAGAGGGUCGAGCAGGUGAUUGUGGCUAAAUUACCGGAGCCGACGACACCGCUGCCCCGGGAGAAGCCGCCUCCGAAGGCCAAACCGCCAACCAAGUGGGAGCAGUUCGCCAAACUGAAAGGCAUUCAGAAGAAGAAGAAGACCAACCUGGUGUGGGAUGAAACUGCUAAGGAGUGGAGGAGGCGCUGGGGCUACAAACGGGUCAAGGACGACACCAAGGAGUGGCUGAUCGAGGUGCCAGAGACUGCAGACCCGAAUGAGGACCAGUUCGCGAAACGCACCACAGCCAAGAAGGAGCGAGUGGCCAAGAACGAGCUGAACAGGCUGAGGAACAUCGCCAGAACGCAGAAGGGCAAAACGCCGGGCGUGGGCCUGAUCCCCAUGGCACAGCAGUCCAAAGAUGACCUGAACAGAGCCGUGAGCGUGGCCAAAACAUCCACAGCCUCCGCGGGGAGGUUCCAGGACCGGCUGCCCAAAGAGAAGGCGCCGAGGAACACUGGGAAGAAGAGGAAGUUUGAGCCGCUCAUUGGCGACUUCUCCAGCGAGAAGCACAAGCAGCUGGAGCUGCUGAAGCUCAUGGGCAGCAAGAGACCCAAGCUGGACGUGACCAAGGCUGCGAACAAGCAGAUGAGGGAGGAGGACAGAGAGGAGGCAGCAGCCAGGCACAGGAAGGGAGCAGGGAAGAAGGGACGCAAGGGAAACAUGUCAGGGAAAGGUGGUAAAGGAGGAGGUAAACCUGGUGGAAAACCAGGGGGUAAACCAGGAGGAAGGCCAGGAGGAAAACCAGGAGGAAGGCCAGGAGGAAAGCCAGGAGGUAAAGCAGCAGCAGGAGGAGGAGGAGGAGGGAAGAGGAGAUCUAAGGCUGGAAAGCACUGAGAACUUUGUACCUGCUCUGUCCUGAUUCUUCUACAUCAUCAUCAUAAAAACAUUCACGAUGCAAAAUACAAACCGACUGUUUGAUUCAACAACGGUAUCAAUGACUGUGUCCAUCACGUCCAAGGCUCCACUGUGGAAAUUAACUUUACUGUACGUGUGUGUGUCCUAUUAAUCCACAACACUGAGGCAAAUUAAAAUCAGAUUAUGUUUCCUUUUUUUAAUCUUAAAUGAGUUCAUUUCUUUCUUGUCACAGCAGGAAUAUAGGAUAUUCUGAUAUGAACCAGAUUAAAACAGAAUUCUGAGUAAGACAGUGACCGGUAAAUAGGACAACAAUGAUUUAGUAAACAUUAAUAUUUGGUAAUUAAAUCAAUAUUUUUCUACUAAAUAAACUGAAUAUCUCGGGUUUGUGGACACAGCGAGACAUUUCGAUGGUGUGAGGUGUUGAGGUUUGGGAAAUGUAAAUGAUCAACAAGAAAUCUUUUAAAUAGGGAUGGUAUAUCGGAUACCAUCCCUAUUUAAAAGAUCGGUUGUCGGACAGAUGAAAUGUAAAAUACCAUACAAACCAAAAAGCCUAUACAUAUAUAUAUUACAUGCUUCACUAUGCACAGACUGUAAACAUGUAAAUAAAAACAGCAAAAUCAUUUUA